CGGGGACGGAGAAUCUGGGGGAAUCUGGCGGUAGUAGUGCGUGAUACGUUGUCGCGUUGGCCGGAGUCGUUCGUCGUUUCGCGGCGUUGAAAAACAGUGUACGUGCGUCACGGCGCGGUGCCGUGCCGAGUGUCGUUUCCGUUUCGUCGUUAUCGCCGCUGCCGAGGGAAAGAGAGAGAGAGAGAGAGAGAGGGAGGACGAAAGAGCGCGGCCCGUCGCGCGUCGUAAAUCGCCCGCGAUCGACCGAGAGCCGUUCGAAGCCGGUGUUAUUACGUAGUACCUCGGCACGGACCUUAUUGCGCGCCUCGCCUCGCCUCGCCUCGCCUCUCCUCUCCUCUCCUCGCUUCGCCCCGUCUCGUUUCGUCUCGUCUCGCACGGCCCGGCCGUCGGGCACGCUCGCCGCCGACGUCUCGCCGGAGGUGCAUGCUGCCGUAGGUUGACAGCGGAUCUGCGCGGCGCACACGGCCGAGGAUGUUGGAUCGCGACACGGCGAUACACCUCGUCGCCGGAGGAAUGGCUGGCACAGCAGGAGCAAUAGUGACUUGUCCGCUGGAGGUAGUAAAGACCCGAUUGCAGUCGUCGUCUUCCGGCUUUCAUCCGCCGCCAGUAAGCAAGGAAUUCACGUCUGGUCAUCCGACGUGCAAGGGUUCACCGACGCCCGAGCAACGCAGGAGGCUAUGCACUGGGUAUCCCAGGUAUUCCAGUCACUUCGUAGCUCUCUCGCAUUUCGGUGUCUCGACCUCACCUCCGGACACUUCCCGGCACGCGCCGGGCAUCUAUCAAUGCUUAAGGUACAUCAUCAAGAAUGAGGGUGCACGAGGACUGUUCAAGGGCCUUGGUCCGAAUCUCAUUGGCGUGGCACCCUCCAGAGCUAUCUACUUUUGCGCGUACUCCAAGAGCAAAGUUGCGUUUAACGCGAUUCUACCUCCCGAUACUCCGAUCGUUCACGUCUUCUCCGCGUCCUGCGCUGGUUUCACCGCGUGUACAUUGACAAAUCCGAUUUGGUUCAUAAAAACCAGACUACAGCUGGACCACCGAUCACAAAAAGUCUCAGCGAUAGAAUGCAUGCGGAGGAUAUAUCGACAAUCGGGUAUCCUGGGAUUCUACAAAGGUAUCGUGGCGUCCUAUAUAGGCAUAAGUGAGACUGUGAUACACUUUGUGAUAUACGAAGCUGUGAAGGCGUGGCUGGCCACUCAUAGGUCACGGGCUUCUCAAACGGACGACAGGAAGACGUUCCGCGACUUCAUCGAAUUUAUGGCGGCAGGCUCAUUUUCGAAAACGAUAGCGUCAACUAUUGCCUAUCCUCACGAGGUCGCGAGAACUCGGUUGCGGGAAGAGGGCAGCAAAUAUCGCACGUUCUGGCAAACCUUAAACACAGUGUGGGUGGAGGAGGGUACAAGGGGUCUCUACCGCGGCCUCGGGACCCAGCUGAUCCGGCAGAUUCCGAACACCGCUAUCAUAAUGGCAACAUACGAGGCCGUGGUAUACGUGCUGACCCGACACUUCCGGCCGGUUACCGUGAAGACGUCCACCGCUGAUGUGACAUCGGAAUUCUACAACGAGGCUAAGGCGAAGAGAGAGCUGGCCUAGGACUUGCUUACGGCCCCCGAGUAAAGGGCCCACCCACCAACCAUUUCCCCUUCUCCAGUAGGCGAUUACCGCACGUACUCCGGGCAGCAUCCUAAGAUCUAAUCUUAGAGAGCAGUUGGAAACGCGUUUGAUGUCCUAAUCGUUGCUCCAGGGGUACUCAAAAAGGUACCAGCUCUUUGGUCGCACUGUGCUCUAAAAGUAUAGCAAAAAGUAGUCCUUCCUCCUUUCAGAUAGCAUGUACAUAUCCAGACGGACACGCUGUAUCUCGCAUGGAGAAAACGGAGAGGGGUGAGGGAGAGAAAAGGGGAAUUAAGGAAAGCGGAUUUUGUUUAGCGUUGGAUAGACAAAGGCUGAGACAUCGCUUGUCAUUCACAAAAUUAUGGACGUGUGUGAAUACCACGAAAAGUGGGCUUGUAUUGUGUUAUAAAAUUUAUUCGAAGCGAGAUUUUCUCUGCUAUAGAGAAAAAAAAACACUUCGACUCCAAAAUGUGUGAGGCUCGCUAUAAUAGUCACUGUAGACUUUAGGUCUUUGACCAACUGGUUUUGGUUGCUGUUCUCUGUUCCACGAUUUGCAAUUAUGUUUUGCAUCUCGCUCCUUUUUCUUUUUUGCUUAUAAGACAUAAUUACAAAGAAACGGAAAAUGUAAAAUUAGUCCUUGGAAAGGAUCCUGUGUGUUACUUUCCAAUGCUCGGUGAGAGAUCAACGAAUAUAAUGUAAUAUAUAGCGAUUUCUGAGUUUACGAAUAGUGCCAGGCGUUUCGAUUUUCUAAUUGUUUCAAGUGAAAAAUGUUUUGUAGAGCUCGAUUACUUCAACUGGUUCUGAGGGUAAAUGAGAUAUAGAUCUACUUCUGUUGAAAGCUUCCAGUCUAGAAUUCUAGUAAAAAGUGUAUUAUACGUUUGUAAAAUUGUGAUAAAUAUUUCGAUAUACACUACUAAAAAAAAAAUAGGGAACACUUUUCAUACCCUAAAA